UUUUCACUCAAUCAUGAAACCACGUGGCAAUGCGUCGCCAUACUCCGUCGCGAAUUCGGAAAGGUUUUUAAACCAGAACAGAGUGCUUUUUGUUCGAUUCUCAGAUCAAAGUGUUCCGCAACAGAAACAAUGGAGGCGAUGAGGUUUUCUUCCAUGUCUGCUCUGUACUCUUCUCUUAAAAGCUCUUCUCGCUCCUCAUCUCACCCUUCACUACACUCUCUCACCUCUUCUUCUUCUUCUUCUUCUUCUUCUUUUUCCUCUUCUUUCUCUCCCUUCCAACCCAAAUUCAGAAAAUUGAUAUACCCCCAUGAAGCAGUUCCCUGUAAGUCCGUCUCUACCGGAAAACGGAAUCUCUGCGUGGCUUCUGCAUCUAAAACGGACGAUGGAUCUCAAGACUCCUCCUUUCAGGGAGCUGAAUCGUUCUGUAGGAGCAUAUUGGCUUCUAUGGAAACAGUCUAUCUAAAUAGGAAUCCAACUGCAAAAGCCAUCUUGGAGCUUGUCCGUUCAGUUGACAAUGACCAAAUUUGCUAUGAUCAUGUUGCAUUUAGAACAUUCGGGGUGAAUGGAUAUGGGAUUGAUUCCAUGGCAAAAGUUUUCCUGGAUUUUGGUUACACACCACAGGAAGAGUUAAGGUUUCCUGCAAAGAAGUUGAAAGCACUCUGGUUUUCUCCUCCCAAUAUUCUGCAUCCUGAUGCUGGCAGUGGAGUUAAUGGGCCUUUGCCAAGAGUGUUCAUAUCAGAACUUCUUGUUGAUCAGAUGAGUCUGCAAGCUCAGGAAAUAAUUAGAAAAUACAUCAAAAUAUCUUGCAAUGGAAACAAUCAUGCAGCUCUUGCAAGUGCACUUGGAUCCUUGACAUGGGAGAAGCCUUUAUAUUCUGAAUUCCAACAAUUGGCUAGGGAAAGUGAAUAUGCUGCCUGGACCCUUGUCAAUGGAUAUGCUGUGAAUCAUGUUACCAUUUCCACUCAUCGGCUCAAAACGCACUUGAGAAAUAUUAAAAGCCUCAAUCACUUUAUUGAAGAGAAUGGAUUCAAGUUGAAUUCUGAAGGAGGAACUUUGAAGGUUAGCCCUGAUGGCCUAUUGCUGCAAAGUUCAACUGUAGCAGAUUCAAUCCCUUUUCAAUUUUCCGACGGUUUCACUGAAUUUGUUCCCUGUUCAUACAUCGAAUUUGCUGAGCGUCUUGUGCUCCCUCAAUACAAAGAUUUACCCGAAAGGGAGGUUAAAGAGUUCCACAGGCGAGACGGAUUUGAAGUUGGAAAUGCUGACAAGAUCUUUGAGAGCACAUCCAAGGAUCAGUUAACCAGGACUGCUGCAUGAAAAAUAGGACAUUCAUUCCAACAAAAUAAGCAUCAUUUGGUGGAAUUAAGAAUUUCAUACUACUAACUGAAUAAGUAUGGUUUGGGGAAUCCUGCUGAUGGGUUUUCCAUAACUUGGAUGUAUGUGUGUAUAUAAAUGAAUAUGUGCAUGUAUGUGGGCAGAGGGCCACAAUUCGAAGGUGGUAACAUGUAGAUAAAAUUUCUUGCUAUAGAAUAAAAGAAACUGGGUUCUAAUUUGAUUGAA